UACAGGAGUAGACUUGUACUACACACUGCUAAAUAUUGAAAAUAUCUACACUCUGUGUUUGAGUUGUUGCUACGAGUACAUGAUACACUUGGAUCAGCACAACAGCUACUAACAAGCCACUACCAUAUCUGUGUCACUGCCUGCUGAGAAUGGCCCAAGAGCCAAUAAAGUGAAGCCAUGGACACUUCUCCUGAGUAUAUACAAAACUCAUGGGAGCUUAAGGUCCAAGUGGAUCAGAGGGAAGGAGAUGAAGGCAUGAGCUUUAAAAUUCGGGUCAAGGGAGACCUUCACAUUGGAGGACUUAUGCUCAAACUUGUGGAGAAAAUCAAGGCUCCCCAGGACUGGUCAGAUCAUGCUCUCUGGUGGGAACAGAAGAACUGCUGGCUACUAAAAACCCACUGGACACUGGAUAAAUAUGGUGUGCAAGCAGAUGCUGACCUCCGCUUCACCCCUCAACAUAAAGCUCUGUGUCUGCAGCUACCCAAUAUGAAGACUGUCAAACUGACAGUCAGCUUCUCAGCAGUGGUCUUCAAAGCUGUAGCAGAAGUCUGCAGAACACUCAACAUAAGAAGAUCUGAGGAGUUGUCCCUCCUGAAACCACCGGAUGAUCCAAAAAAGAAAAAGAAAAAAGACAAGGCUAAGGAGAUAGAUGACAUCAUAACCAUGGAUGUUAUUGGUGGGACAGUUGGAACUGGCCACUACAGUAAGACCAUGACAGCAACCUAUGACCCUGAUAAUGGGAUCCCAAUGACUUCCACAAGCAUGUGGUUUGGAGAAAACCCUCUCAGUUCAAGCCAGCUUAACAUGUCUCCAGAUGAGCUGGCCAAAAUGUAUCAGCCUCUCAGUAUGGAGGACAAAGCUGCCAUCAAUGCAGGUUGGCUGGAUUCCUCAAGCUCUCUAAUGGAGCAGAACAUCCAAGACAAUGACAGACUCUUACUGCGCUUCAAGUACCACUGUUUCUUUGACCUUAAUCCAAAGUAUGAUGCAGUAAGGAUUACACAGCUGUAUGAACAGGCACGCUGGACCAUUCUGCUGGAGGAGAUUGAGUGCACUGAAGAGGAGAUGCUGAUGUUUGCCUCUCUGCAGUAUCACAUAUGCAAACUGACCAUGUCAGCCAAACCUCUGGACCACUCUAAUGAGCCUGAGAUUGAUGAAGUGGAAGCAGCCCUCUCUAAUUUAGAGACCACGCUUGAAGGACGGAGCACAGACAAAAUUCUGGAAGACAUCACAGAUAUUCCCAAGUUGGAAGACACUUUGAGACUAUUUAGGCCCAAGCGACUACUACGAGCAUUCAAAGAGUACUGGUUUGUGUUUCGAGACACCACCAUUUCCUAUUACAAAAACAAAGAGUCAGCCAAUGGGGAGCCAAUUGAACUGCUACACUUACCAGGCUGUGAAGUUGUUCCAGACGUCAACGUGACAGAAAAGAAGUUUGGCAUCAAACUUUUGCUGCCUGUUGCAGAUGGAAUGAACGAGGUGUAUAUUCGCUGUGACAAUGAGACACAGUAUGCCAGGUGGAAAGCUGCCUGCAUCCUGGCAUCUAAAGGCAAGACGAUGGCCUACAGCUCAUACCGCACAGAGGUGAAGAACAUCCAGUCCUUCCUGCAGAUGAAGAGUUUAGCACCCCCACCUGGCCAUGCUGCUCCAGAUGUGGACUCCAUGGGCAUGAAUGCAGAAUGCUUUGUCUCUCCACGAUACACCAAAAAAUACAAGGCCAAACAACUGACCACACGGAUUCUGGAGGCACACCAGAACAUUUCCCAGCUUUCACUCAUGGAGGCUAAAAUGCGUUUCAUCCAAGCAUGGCAGUCUUUACCAGAGUUUGGCAUCAAGUACUACAUCGUAAAAUUCAAAGGAAGUAGGAAGGAUGAUAUACUGGGCAUCUCGUACAACCGGCUGAUCCGAAUUGACAUGGCCACACGCCAGCCAGUGACCACGUGGAGAUUCGCCAAUAUGAAACAGUGGAAUGUGAACUGGGAGAUCAGACAGAUGACUAUCGAUUUCGACCAGGGUGUUACAGUAGCUUUCACCUGUCAGAGCUGUGACUGCAGAGUGGUUCAUGAAUACAUUGGAGGCUACAUUUUCCUUUCAACAAGAUCCAAAGAUCAAAAUGAAACACUCGAUGAAGAACUCUUCCACAAACUUACAGGAGGCCAAGAAUGAUCCUGAAAACCACUGAGAAUGUCAGAUAAGCCUGGAGAUUUCAGCUGAAGAAGCCCUUAAAUGUAUUCAUCAUGAGUUUUGUUCAUUGUUUGUGCAUAUUUUGUUAAAUGAUCAGCAGACCUUCACAGUGAGUUCCUUCCCAAGUCCACAAGGCCACAACUCAUCUCAUAUUAAUUACAUUUAAUAUGUUUCUGAGAGCUUCUGCUUGACAGGGAAUCGGAGAGGUGAAAUGGUGCAGUAGAUGCUUCAUCAUCAUGACAUCAUUCUCAAUUUUAGUUUAUUAUUUCUUAGAGGGAUUUUAUCUUUGUUUUCUUGUUCUGUAUGUAUGAUCACAAGAAAUAAAACAUUCUACCAAAAAUGUAUACAAAGAUAUUAUGAAAUGGAAAUGAAUUUUAACAUUUUGAAACACAUAGCCCAAACCCAUGAAGACUGAUAUUAUGAUUUGUAUUGUGAUACCUUCAAUGUAUAAAUAAAAUUUUUUGCAGUUA